GACAGGAUAUCGCAUGCGACGAUGGUGGGGAAAGAGGUUCGUGGAUGGUAUAAGAGUGGGCCAGCAUGUGGAGGCGUCGGCAGUCACACUGACUUACCUUUGAGUGAAACCCGCGACUAUAUUCAAGGGACGUGUGUUAGAGUCCCUCAAGAUGAAAGUGGCCACGAUAUUGCUGCUGGGUGCAGUGACGUUGGUCGCAUACGCGUCUGCUCACCCCUACUCAAAAAUACCAGAAGUGGCUCUCCACCCCGAUGGAUACCACUUCAAGAAAUCAUCUUCGAACUCGAAUUCGAACAGCUACAGCCAGUCGAACCACGACGAGGCUGAUAUUGGUGGUGUUAUCGGGGGCCAAGUUUUCUCCGGAACUAGAGAGUCCGGCUAUAACACCAACGGUGGAAGCAGCAGCCACGGUUCCAGCUACUCUUCCGCCUCAUUCAACGGAAACAUUCCCUUCGGCAUUAUCGCCGGCAGUGGUAUUCCAGACGCAACCCAGAACCCGAGUAGUUACAACCAGAUUGAUCUCUCCGUUAGUAAUCCUGGCACCGCGGGCUUAGGACUCGGCGACAACGGCGCUGGUUCUUUCUCCUACGGUUUCUCCAACGCGGGAGGCAGCUCCGGAAGCUCUGGUAAUCAGGUCACCGAAGGAACACAAGCUGGUUUUGGUUCAUCCGGUGCUUACGAUGGUACUGCUGGAAUCGGGUCAAGUUCUGGCCUUGCUGCUGGCAGCUCUGGCUUCAACUCCGGAAGUCACAACUCCGCUGGCGGAGUGACCUUCGGCCAGGUUCUCAAUCCGACAUCCGAUUCGCUCGCACCAUCAUCCGGCAUCAUUUCCUUCGAUCGAGUCAAUUCUAAGCCCGGCGAGGUUCAAUAUUGGUGGAACGGACCUGGCAGCCCCUUCGGAUUGUCCGGCAAGCCGUCGGGUGGAUGCACUUCAAACCUCUGCACAUUGUCCGGAAGCUUUGACCUUAGCCAGGGCGCCGGUGGCGCUGAGGCCUCGAACUCACGUGGCCAGACAAGCCUGAACAUCAACGGAGGAAAUCCGUUCUUUAAUGGAGCUGUACCUAAUUCCGGAUCUGGAUUUAUCACGGCCGGUGCCUCCUUUGGUCAGACAAACGUUGACUCCGGAUCCUUCGGCUCUGGUUCCGACAGUCUUUCCAUCGACAGGUCAAAGAAUCCGUUCUUCAGCGGUAGCUACACACCAAAUUCCGUUGAAUCCUCUGGAUCCGCUGGAUCCGUUGGAUCUGCUGGAUCUUUCGCCUCUUCGUCAGGGAGCUUCAUCGGAAAUCCCUUCCUAAAGCCCGACUCUGUUUUCGUUCAGAAUCCCCAGGUAGUCACAGAAACAUCUACUGCUUUACCCGGGUACGGCGGUUCUCGCAAUCCUUUCUUCAAGCCAGGAUCUGGAUCCGUUGUCGUAACACCGACGGUCGCAGUGUUCUCCGAUCAGUCCCCGACCUCGCCCUCCCCGAUCGCCGGCAGCAAUCCCUUCUUUAACCCGACCGUGUCACCCGGAGCUUCGACUCCCGGCUUCCUAGGUCAGAAUGACCAAGUCUCUUCGUCAUUCGGAAGCCAGUCCACAGUUGGAUUUAGCCCACUGCCAACACCCUCCGGCAGCAAUCCCUUCUUCAGCCCGGUCUCGACACCCGGAGCUUCGAUUUCCGGCUCUGCCGGGAAUGCUGGAACUGGAGACUUCCAAGAUCAGAAUAACCGAGUCUCGUCUUCAUUCGGAAGCCAGUCUACACUCGGAUUCGGCAGUUCAACCGCCGCAUAUCCAACUCCGUCGACAUUGAGCGCUGAAGAAGAAUCCUCCGACAAUCAAAAUGGUUUGACAAUCGAUUGCAGCGGCGAAGGAAGAAUUUGCGUUCUCACGAGCCAAUGCGUGAACGGCAGAGUUUUCACCAGUCAACAAGGAUUGACGCAAAUCAGGAGUGGGCCUCAGCAGUGCCAGGUGAACCGCGAAGUCUGCUGUACUCUAACCGGAUAUUCUGGAGUAUCGACAUCAGGAAUCGGUCAAGGUAGCUCUUUCGCUUCCGCCGGCUCGUCUUCGACUACAAACUUUGGAUCCAGUUCAGGAAACUACGGUGACUCUUCCAGUAGCUCCAUUAAACCAGUGAAGUCUGGUUCUACAGGAAGCUUUGGACAGUCUGGACAAUCUACUGGAUCUACGGGAAGUUCUAGUUUAUUUGGGAUACCCAGUUCCUCGAGUGCUUAUGAUGAACUAGGGCAGUCUGGACUUUCAUCAACCUUCGGCCAGUUUGGACAAACGGGUUCCUCUGCCACUGUUGGUCAAAUCGGGCAAUCUGGAUCUUUCGGAAGUUCCAACCAAUUCGAUCAAACAUCAGGUUCUUUUGGAGCAAGUGACAAAUUAGGACAAACUGGAUCCGCUGUAAGCUCGGGUAUCUUCGGACAAACAGGAUCUUCUGGCGUACGUGACCAAGUCUUUACUCAACCCGGAACUUUCGGAAUCUCUGGUCAAAGUGGACAAUAUGGUUCGAGCAACUCGUAUGAUCAAACCCAGCAAAAGCAAUCCAGCAAUUUCGGCUUCACGUCAACUGGGCAAGCCUCAGCAAGUAGCAGCGCAAGCUCAGGAAGCAACGUAGCUAGUGGAUUCACGCAAAAGAUACCCUCGGGGUCUUCUUCGGGAGCCUCGGCAACUGGCCUCCCUAGACCAACUGGCUUCAACUACGGCGGAGCUAAUUCCGGCGGAUCCAGCCAAACCAGUUCAGGUACUGGCACCUUCACCUACACGACACCAUCUUUGCCCAACAAGGGAAGCUUCUCAGGCGGUAAGCAGCCGAGCACAGUGGAGACCGGUCUCUUCGGAUCAUCCGAUAAUUCUGGGGAAGAUUUGAGCGCUGGUGAGCCCAGUUUCACAGGGUCUUCAGGAGGUAACCAAGACGCUUUUGCAUCAAACGGGUAUUUGCCUCCAUUCGGAAGUGAGCCCAGCAGUAACGUGCCAGCAUUCGCUAAGCCACCGCCAAUACCAAAGGAAGGAGGGCAAAUUAGACCCCUCAAUGCAGACCCCAUCGUCAAAGUUCCCAUUCCAAGACCCUUGGAAUUCGCACCAGUCACAGUACAGGUCGGAUGUGCUGCCGCACUUAUUUGCGUGGAAGAACAAUAUUGUACCCUAGAGGGAGUGAUUAGCCCACAACCGGUGACGUUGACCAAACAACAGAUCGAAAGACGAGCUCCUCUUAGCUCGUGCAGAAACGCGGAUAAUGGCGUUAUCGGAAAGUGUUGCCGUGAUCCGAACUACGUUGAUCCCUGGCCAACGGGUAACCUUCCCGCAAAUUACUCUGGAGGUUUUGACGAACAAGGUUUCCCAACGGUUUGGAACAUUACUAAGACUCGCCCUCCUAAGAAGCAGCCGCCUCCAACCAAGGGUGCUUCCAUUCAGCCUACCAAAACUGUUGGCUUACCUCCAACCAAGGGUACCUUCUUUCAACCCACCAAAACUGUUAGACGGCCUCCAAGUAGGGGUAGUUUUGUUCAGCCCACCCAAAAUGUCGAUGUAAUUCCUUCACCUUCCCAACAAGACGUCAGUGGAGCUCCACCACUCAAACAGCUUAACACUCCAACUAGACAGUUUAUUUUUUCAAAUCCAUUUGGACAAACCGAUAAUCCAAAUCCAUUUCAACCACCCGAUUUUUCAAGUAUAAUUAAAAAUAUUACCACCGCCAUCGGCGGAUUCGGCCAGCAAUUUUUCCCCACGCAGACUCCCAGCGCAGCUCCUGUCUCACCUCCAUCAAAAAAUUAUUUUGCAUCCGAUUCCAACGAUAGCCCUACAAUAAUUGCUCCGCACACCCCAGGAGCUCAGUGCGGUUUGAGAAAUACAGUUGAACGCCCAAGCUAUCUGGACAGAGAUGACGUCGCCUUUGGUGAGAUACCAUGGCAAGCAAUGAUUUUGUCAACCACGGAUCGUAAGCUUCUGUGUUCUGGCGCGAUCGUAUCUCCCAACGUAGUCUUGACAGCCGCUCACUGCGUCUACGGAUUGAGGCCUGAAGAAGUCUCAAUAAAAUCCGGUGAAUGGAAAUUGGGGUCCGAAAUCCAACAGGAGGAGCCGCUCCCCUUCGAGAUCGUAAAAGUUCAGAACAUCGUAUCGCACCCAGGUUAUAGCACAGGUUCUUCAAGUCACGACCUUGCCAUGCUCUUCCUUGUACAUCCCAUGCAUCUAGAACAGCACGUUGAUACUAUUUGCCUGGGUAACAUUCCCCAGCCUACGAUUGGCAGAAAAUGUAUCGCUACGGGAUGGGGAAAGGUCGUUCUUCAAGUACAUGCGGCUGGUUCCUUGAUGCACGGUAUUGACGUUGAUAUAGUACCUCAGGAUGAGUGCAGGCAACGCGUCCAGGGCGCUGAAUCCCCCGUAGAAAUCGACAACACCUUGACUUGCGUGAAGGCUCAUAAGGAGAGGAACAACAUGUGCCAAGUAGAUGUUGGUGGCCCAUUGGCUUGCGACCGUGGAGACGGUAUCUACGAGCUUACCGGGGUUUACAGCUACGACACCGGAUGUUUGCCCACCAAUCAGGUUGCAACCUAUGCUUUAAUUGACACGAACUGGGUGAAAAAGAUGUUGGCUUCCCCACCGUCACCAACUUUUGAACAACAAGUCCAGCAGCCAGCACCAGUUUGUGAUUGUCAGAAGAGCUAUCUUCCACCAUCGCUCAACCAGUACCUUCCGCCAGUGUAAACAGUGACCAAGCGAUCAACUCUUGUUGCAAUGAUGAUAAUACCUUUCUACCAUCGUAUGUCGUAAGAGCGGUGUGAAAAUUAUACUGCUACCGAACGAGUAAUAUGUAAAAAUGCCAUAUAUUUCCAAAAAGAUAUGGAAAAACGUUCUUCACGUACCAAAAUUUUUGGAAAAAGAAAAUGUAAUUUAACGAAAUUUAGAACGAAAAACGUGGUAGAACACCCUUGUUUAUUUAACCAUUCCAAUUAAGCUAUAUUGUAUCGCAAGAAAACAUCUCAAACACAUUUUCGAAACCCUAAGGUCUGAUUUUAAUUUAUAUCGUAACUAAGGAUUAAAUCUAGACAUAGACUUAAAUAAAAUAGAAAUACUUAAGAUAUACCACGGGGCUCCAAAUCUUUUGAUAAUCAAAUUCAUGUGUACUGUUCCAAAAGAUUUGGAUGCCAAAACGAUCCUUGGCAUAUCAAAAUCUUGAGACAAUAUUGAAAUUUUGAUGGAGCCGAUGCACCUAUUUUUCUAAGGAACUUAAUUAAGCUAAGAAUAAAAUAAAGUUUGAUAUUUUAUUAAAAAUA